CCGGAACGCUCCGCGCGCGCCCCGUGAGAGGCGGGGCUGCUUGGGCGCGCAGCCGGGGAGCCGUGGGCGCUGUGCACUCCCGGCUUCGACGUCUUCGGCGGCGGAGUCUCCGCGGGAGGCGGGUGUCCCUGACUCUGAUAAUUUUAGACUUAAAGAAGAGUUUCAAAAAUAAUACAAACAACUCAGCGAUCCCUGUAUAUUUUUCCUGCAGAUUCACCAAAUGAACCCGUGGAUAUAAAGGAGUAAAGAUGAAUCAGAAAUGCACCAAAUAUUUGCAAGGACUUAAACCCAGUUAUGAAGAUUUCAAUCUAUGAUUAUAUUAAGCUAAACAUUUACCGUUUUGGAGUUUAAAGUAUGACAUCAUGGCAAAGUUUCGAAGAAGGACUUGCAUCAUUUUGUCACUUUUUAUUCUGUUUAUUUUCUCUCUAAUGAUGGGUUUAAAAAUGCUGAGACCAAAUAAAGCUGCUUUUGGAGAUCCUUUUGGACUCGACCUUCUUCCAGAAAUUCGGCAACAAACUCCGCAUUUGGUGAAAACUGCUGAUUCCCAAAAGAGUGACAAAAUCAACAGUGAAACUAACGUCAAGAAUUUAAAAAGUGUUGAAAUCACUGUGAAACCUUCCAAAGCCUCUGAACCUUACUUGGAAGAAAUGCCACCUCUGAAUUAUUAUUUACAUGCAUUUUAUUACAGUUGGUAUGGAAAUCCACAAUUUGAUGGUAAAUAUAUACAUUGGGACCAUCCAGUUCUCUCGCAUUGGGACCUUAGGAUAUCCAAGAAAUAUCCCCAAGGGAAACACAAUCCCCCAGAUGACAUUGGCUCCAGCUUUUACCCUGAGUUGGGAAGUUACAGCUCUCGGGAUCCUGCUGUCAUUGAAACUCACAUGAAACAAAUGUACUCAGCUUCAAUUGGUGUACUAGCCCUAUCUUGGUACCCACCUGACUCAAAUGAUGAGAAUGGAGAACCUACUGAUAACUUGGUACCAACUAUCUUGGAUAAAGCUCAUAAAUAUAAUCUGAAGGUCACUUUUCACAUUGAACCAUAUAAGAAUCGAGAUGAUAAAAACAUGUACCAAAAUGUCAAAUACAUUAUAGACAAAUAUGGAAAUCAUCCUGCCUUUUACAGGUACAAGACUAAGAACGGCAAUGCUCUUCCAAUGUUUUAUGUCUAUGAUUCCUAUAUCACAACAGCUGAAAAAUGGGCCAACCUGUUAACCAGCUCAGGGUCUCAGAGCAUUCGCAACUCUCCUUACGAUGCAUUGUUUAUCGCACUUCUAGUAGAAAAAAAACAUAGAUAUGAAAUUCUUCGAGGUGGAUUUGAUGGAAUAUACACAUAUUUUGCCACAAAUGGCUUCACUUAUGGCUCAUCCUAUGAGAAUUGGGCUAAGAUAAAGCUUUUUUGUGAUCAGUUCGACUUAAUGUUCAUCCCAAGCGUGGGCCCGGGGUACAUAGACACCAGCAUCCGUCCGUGGAACGCUCAAAACACUCGCAACCGAGUCAAUGGGAAAUAUUACGAGACUGCUCUGAGUGCUGCACUCCAAGCCCACCCCAGUAUAAUUUCCAUCACCUCUUUUAAUGAGUGGCAUGAAGGAACUCAGAUUGAAAAAGCUAUUCCCAAAAGAACCAGUAACACCGUGUAUCUGGAUUACCGGCCUCAUAAACCAAGUCUUUAUCUAGAGCUAACUCGCAAGUGGUCUGAAAAAUACAGUAAGCAAAAAGCAACUUAUGUAUUAGAUCACCAGCUACCUGUUUCUUAAUGUGUUGAUUAAAGUUUAAAAAUUAUAGAAAUCACCUAAUUUCAAUACAUUCCUUUUGUUUUGAGUUAUGGAAAGAAAACUGUCAAAAUCAGUAUGUACUGUUACUGUUAUCUCUAAUGAAAGUAAUUUGUACAUUUUUAAAGGAAGUAAUAUUAUCAUCGCCACCUUUCAUGAUGUUGCACUGAGAGAAAAGUCAUGCAAAUAGCAUUCCUUGUGGCAUAAUUUGCUGAAUUUCAGACUGGAAUUGAAAUCCAGCUUUAUAGUUAUUUUUAUUUCACAAUAGGUAAUUGCUUGUGUUACAUAGAGUAGUUAGUACACAGUUAUAUCUUACUUGUAUUCUGGGCCCAAAGAAAUAGGACUGUGUAUAUAUUUGAUAUGUCUGUUGAAGAAGAAAGACCUAAAAGAUAGUGUAUAUGGUUGGUUUUUCUUUUUUUUAAAUGAUUCAAUCAACUUUGUCAUAUUGGCAUUCAGAAUCCAGAUAACUCCAAUAAUAAUUCUUCCAAAAAAAUCAUAUACCUUGAGCCUUACUGUGAACCAUAUUGUGUUAGGAAGGUCUGCUUUCUACAGCACAAUAUGAUCAUCAUUUGCAGAUUUGGGGUUUCCUAGAGCUUGCUAGGUGUUUUGAGUGUCUAAUGUUUCUACUUUAUAAUGCUGAAUUUCAGACUUGAGAAGUAAGGAAAAUCUUUUCAUAAAGGUUAAGGAUUGCUUCUCAGUUAUUAAAAAAAACAGCUGCUUCACAAUUAUUAUGGAAAUACAGUGGCUCAAAUGUUAUUUUUCAGAUACUUUGUCAAUGUUUAACUUGUUAUUUUAUUAUUCAUAUUUUUAAAUUUAAUGUUACUCAGCAUCCAACUGUUAGAUAAGAAAAAGUUGAUACUACCAUUGGAUUGUCUUAAGAUUUUUAAGCUAUUUUUACUAAAACUAAUAAGGAAAAUUUACUUAGCAUUUACGAUUUUAAGGACAUGGAAAUGAAAAUUCAUUACUAAGUUUGACUUAGGUGGAACACAAUGAUGGAAAUAUUUUAUUAAAAGACUUUAAAUUAUUGUAUAUAAUAAUAUCCCCAUCUAAAAACAUUAUACUUUUAUGUUACUAACAGGUUAAAGACCUGUUACUGACAGGUUAAAGAUCAAUUGUCAUAUUGUGACAAAUUAAUCAUCUGUAAAAAUGAAUCUUUUUACUUUAAAAACUAGAGAAUAAAAGACACUAUUAUUAUAGUUAAUAUUAUGACUGGAACUAUAGUUUAAAAAUCUAAUAUAUAUGCUAUUACAUGAAUUUUUUUGGAUACUUUAUUGUAAGCAGUAGGGAAGUGCUAAACAGAAAUACAUAUAAAUAUUCAGAAUAUAAGGACAUUCAUUUAGAAACAAAUUAGUGAAAUUUAUCAUAAAAUAACUCAGUAGAUAAUGAAAUUUAUUUUUAAGCAGUACUUUUGAAGUAAACUAUCAUGUCUUGAAAAGAGACAUGAUUAAUGUUAAACUUAUUUACAGCUGAGAAUUUGCCAUUUCUCAGAAUAUUCAGACCGUGGGAAAUCAGCACAAUAGUAAUUCACCUUCUAGAGGAAAUUACAAGAAUAAGUCUCUAUAAUGUUAUAACUAAGCAUCUUCAUAGGAACACUCAUACAGAUAUAACCUGUGGAUUUUUCUUUUUCUUACAUCCAGUUAGCCACUACAUGUUAUCUUAGGGAUAAACUCUAAAUAUGUCAUACCUAAUAAUAUUUAUAACAUACCAUAUUUUAUUAAAGUUUAGUUAGAUAUCUACUACACAGGAAUUUUUGUCAUUGCUUAUACUAUAUGUUUGAACCCAUAAUGACAGACAAUUCUAUGAAACAGUUCUGAGAUUAAGAGAAAGUGUAUAAAAACAAGGUCAGCAAAUCCUCAACAUGGACACCACCAUUUCUCUCCUGCUCCCAUUGCAGACAUAGAUCAUCUAGGACCACAGGUUUUCCCUCUGAGCUUUGUGCUAUCACCCCAACCAGCCACUAACAGUCAGUCAGAUUUCAAAGUAAGACAAAAUAGAUUCUGUCUUCAUUGCAGAAAGUUAAUUCUCAAGGGAAGAAUGUUUGGACUCAAAUGACAGUUUGCUAAUUUAUAAUUAUUUUGAAUGUCAUAUUUCUUUUCUCCUGCUUUUAAAAAACAGUUAUUAGAAGGAAUUAUCUCUAAUAAUUUUGUUAUUCUUAGGGAAGAAUGCUUUCAAAAUCUUCCUCAGGUAUUCAUUACAGCUGCCUUUACCAUUUGACUUAUAACAAGUUUAGAUUGUGUAAUCACAAGUAAGAAAUCAAUUCUUUGCUUUUAUUUAAUUCAAAAAACUAAAGUAACCAUUAAAAGAAAAUGUAAUAUAUGCAAUGCAUGAAUCAAAAUGAAUUAUUUUAUGGUUUAAUCAGUUUGUUUUCACUGUAUAGAAACCAAAUCUUUUACUGCUCCCUUUAAGGACUGAUACUGUCAAAAACUGCUGUUAUUAAUGUUGAUCUCAGUUGUAUAUUAACUUUCGUUUUCAGAGUGUAAUUUAAAAAUUACUAUUUUGUUAUAUGACGUAGUUAACUUUCACCUAGUAAAAGCAAACACAGAAUAAAUUGUAUCUUAGAUAAAAAAUCUGUUUCUUUUUAUUUAUGAAAUGUUUAAUUUCUGAUUAACAGUUAAAAAGUAGUAUUCAGGGCUUCCUAGGUGGUGCAGUGGUUAAGAAUCCACCUGCCAAUGCAGGGGACACGGGUUCUAUCCCUGCUCCAGGAAGAUCCCACAUACCGCGGAGCAACUAAACCCGUGUGCCACAACUAUUGAGCCUGUGCUUUAGAGCCCAUGAGCCACAAUGAUUGAGCCCAUGUGCUGCAACUACUGAAGCCCACGCGCCUGGAGCCCGUGCUCGGUAACAAGAGAAGCCAUGGCCAUGAGGAGCCCGCGCACCACGACGAAGAGUAGCCCCCACUCACUGCAACUAAAAAGAAAGCCCGUGCACAGCAAAAAAGACCCAACACAGUCAAUAAAAU